AUGCAUAUUAUCACCCUGCUGACCCCUAUCCUCCUAUCCCGCCCGACAUUCGCAGCGCCCGCCCAUCACGACCAGCGGGCCCCCGAGCCAGCUCAGACAGACGGCGGCACCGCCCCAGACCGCAUGCCGGAGCAGUUUGCAAACGCCGUCGUCAUCGAGUCGUACUACAAGCGGGACCCAUUCAAUUGCACGCAGAUCCAGUACGAGUGUACGCACUGCGGGAACGAUGAUGCCCAGUGCGCGGAACGCGUGGACUGCGAGUGGUGUGCGGUAAAUGGGCGGUUUGACAAGCAGCCGCACUCCGGCCCGGGGACGUGA